AUGUUUUUCGGAUCAUUCGAUAAUGCAACCACGACACCCGUCCUCAUUCCCCGUCCGGUCGAAGCCCUAACGCAGAGCUAUAUGAUUGCGCAACAAGCUGCCAUGCGCUCCUAUCUUUCCGGCAACAUGGCUUGGAGCUUUGUCCCUGGCCGAAUGCAAGAGGCCAAACUCGUGUUCACCAGCUCGUUGCCCCACGUCAUUACUUCGACCAUUCUUUUCACGCUAGCCGCUCUCUUCAUCAUAGUGUGCCAUUUCAGGCCAGAAACGGAGCAGUUCACGUUAUUUUCGGUCGCGGCUGUGCUAGCGGAUUCGAGUCUUGGCGGUGUGUGUAGAGAUGUCAAGUAUGCGGAUUGCGAUGGGAAAGAACUCCCAGAGGGAAUAGCCCUGAAGGCGCUCAAAGGUAGAAGCUCUUGUGGACAUUAUUUUCCUACUUGCUGGGUGUCACUCCCUGUUCAUAGUCCUCCACGAUUAGAUGGUUUCGAGUUACCGUUCUCUGGAGCUGAUAUCGCGGUGGGCACACCUCCUCAAAACACAUCCUUCAUGAUCGACACAACCAGUCCCUUUCUUUAUGCUCUUACACCGGAUUGCGUAUAUUGUCCCAUCGAGGGAAUGUAUGAUCCAAGUUUAUCAUCAACUUCAAAUCGAAAUCUCGGCGUCGGGAGCUUUGGGAACGGACAAUUCGGUGGAAUUCGCGGGAGCGAAACUGUAACACUGGGCGGUCUCUUACAGGCCAAAGAGUCCCCACUUGGGUUUGUCUAUAAUAUGUCAAUCCAGUUUUUGCCCCGUUUUUCGGGAGGUAACCUUGGGUUGCUCGUUCCGCAACUGAAUCAGAGUGCCCGCGAGAAGAGUUUGCUCUACCAUCUCGACCAACAAGGCCAAUUGCUUAAUCCUGUCUGGGGUGUACGGUUAACUGGAGCCGAUCCUCGACUGACCAUUGGUGCGCUCGACCCCAAUGACUAUGAGGGAGAUAUAAACUGGGUCCUCGCGGUCAACGACUCGAAUCAUGUAGAGGUAGAAGCCAUAAAGGGUUACAACGGAAACACAUUUGCACUUGAGUAUCCAGUGACUGCGUUCCUUGGGACUCUAAAUAUAAACAUCCUACUCCCGGACAUUGACAUGUAUUGGAGCAAUGCCUCACUGAUAGGUCCCAACCACAACAUUACGGUGCUCAGGCCAAGGAACCUGACCUUUGGUGUUGAAUGCGAUUCUACGCACAUUCCUCCGAUUGAAUUCUCAGUCGUCAUCAAUGGCGUCGAGUAUCCCGUCAACCAACCGGAUAUGGUUCGACUUCCAGCAUCUGCCCAGGACAACAUAUGUGGAGUAGGCGUUAUGAAAGCUACAGACUCCAAGUAUACGCUUGGCCUCACGUUUCUCAGGAGUGUCUACUUGGCGUACCGGUUCCCGACCGGAACUUGCCCUGGUUAUUGGGGAUUUGCUGCUCCCAAAGACGGUCCUACUAGGACAUCAGCCCAGAAACCAAGAACCACCCCCAAGGAUGCCGCGACUUGCCUAUCCUUCACCAAGCCUAGUUCUACCCCGGCUCCUACAAUAGCAGUAGGCAGGGAGUUCCAACCGUCUGGACAAAAAUACAGCGUUCAAGGUCAACCAGAUUAUGAAUUAGUAGAGCUACGAGGGGUGGAUGACCUACCUCAGCUGGAGCUUAACGGUGGUAUAUACGGAUUCGGGGGAAUGUUACGAAGGGGAGGCACUCGACAAUGA